GGAACCCAACUUUUUUGUACCACGGCGGAUCUCAGCUCAUGCAGCUCGACAGCAAGAAUGGGAUUGAAACGCGAUCACGAUGCCCUUAACUACUUUGACAACGAUGAGCCGGCACCAUAUCCUUCCAACAAACGGCAACGGAAUCAAGCACCUAGUAAGGGGAAGCAAAAUGCGCACCAGCCAACAACCGACCCGACAUAUGGGCAGCGAUUCAUGUUUCCUGGGCUGGACGGUAGCACUGCGCUUUCCGAUGACGACCUAGAAUACGAGGACGAUGGGGAUGCCUUGGCGUAUCUGAGAACUGUCCGACUCGAAGCCAGUGGGAUUCCGCACCUUCUCGUCGCACCCAAGGCAGGCCCCCAGCUGCCGCCUGAGCUUGCCUCCACGUCCCUCGACGAAAGCGAAUCGAUUGAUCGCAACCUGUACAACAGCGGCGUCGGUGACUCACGAGGCUACUACCAAGACGGCGCGUAUACCGCCGCGCCGGACACGGAUAUUUCUGACGAAGAGGGCUACAACUACGACGACGGCGACCAGGAUGCCGAGUCGAACCUUGCCGGGAGGAACCGUCUCCUCCGCGAAGCCUACUACAAGUCCCUAGUCUCCCAAUUCACCGCGCUCCGCGAUCAGCUCCGCCGGGAUCCGCCGCCGUCGGUGGUCGAUUCCCUGCCCCCGAACCACGAGACCGAUGUCGGCACGUUCGGCCCCAACAGCCCCACGUUCCGCAUGUGGACGAGCCGGCUGCGGUACACGGACCCGCUGCCCGCGCAGGUCGCGGCAAUGGACAAGGAGAGCGCGCUCAAGCUGCUGCGCAUCAUCCUCGGGGGCAAGUUCCUCCGGCGGGGCCACGAGCUCCGCGAGCGCACCAGCCGCUGGAUCUGGUCGCUGCUGGCCCGGCUGCCCGACCGCGGCGAGAUGGACUACAUGGAGAUCGGCUGGGUGCGCGAGCUCGGCAAGCGCGCCGUGCUCAUGCUGAUUAGCAUCGCGCAGAUGGUGGCGCUGAGGGAGGAGGUAGAGGAUGACCUAGACGAAGAGGGAAAUGACGAAGGGGAGAGGGACGAAGGGGACUCUCUCGACGAUCUAGUCUCCGAGGAGGAAGAAGGCGAGGCCCCCAGCGGGCGCCAGGCAAGCCUACCACCACAGCUACCGGAAUCCGUCGACGACUCUCACGGCGCAGCAAAACCGGAAGCCAGGAACCCAGAUGCGGAAGACGACGACGGGGAGAUGGACAUGGACAUCGAGGAAGGGGAAGUGUCCGACAGCCAGGCCGACAUCGAAGCCGCGAAAGCGCGGCUUCUCGCCCGGCUUGAUGAGACUGCCUCAGAGACGAAUCACGAAAGCGAGCCUACCCCCGUCGUAGAAGGAGAAGGGGAAGGGGAAGAUGAUCAGGAGGAAGGGGAGUGGGAGGAAGAAGACGAGGAAGAUGCGCAAGCCUAUUCCGAACGGAGGUCUCGAAUCAACAUGCGCGCUACGCUAAACAUGAUCUUGACCGUUGCGGGCGAGUUCUACGGUCAGAGGGACCUGCUUGAGUUUCGGGAUCCCUUUGCAAGUUUGUAGGAUAGGAAGGAAAAAAGGCAGAGGUAAUAGGAAUGUCGAUUUCACCCAUAAUAUCGUGGUAUGUCGAGUUAUCGUUCGUGGUUGGAAACCACCCAGUAGUCUGUUCUAGCGUUUAGAUAGAAUGACUGAAACACCCUGUAUACCAUGGAGUCGCGGCUAUACGCCCUCGAGCAAAAUCUCCGAUGUUGAAAUCA